AUGGACCCGCUCCAUACGACGGAGCUCGUUCGCCGGCUUGUCCGGGGCCAGUCUUCUAAGCUUUUAAGCACCAGAGCUCUGUUCUGCGCCUUUGGGGCGUCGCAACGCCGACCAGCCUCGCAAAAAGCACUCACGAGACGAAAAUCGGACCAUAGAACCCUAUGGCGACACCGAACAGAUCACUUCCCCAAAGACAUAUCGAAGGCCUUGGCUGAGUACCCGAUGGUCUCUGCCGCUGAACUCCGUCUCUAUAACCCUCAUUAUGGCUAUUUCUCAAAACAUGCUACAAUAUUCAGUCCUGGGGAACCUUUUGAUUUUAAUAAUAUUGAAGAUGGCCCAGCUUUUAACCGACUGGUCGAUCAACGAUAUGCGGAAUUUGAAGAUAAAUUGGACGCGGUUUCGCCAAAUGAAACACGUCAACUUUGGCAUACACCGACAGAGCUCUUUCGUCCUUAUUAUGGGGAAGCCAUUGCUCGCUAUCUUGUUACCAAUUAUCGGUUGACUCUGUUCCCAUAUCAUGAUUUGAUCAUAUAUGAAAUGGGGGCAGGCAAUGGCACAUUGAUGCUUAAUAUUCUUGAUUACAUCCGGGAGGUGGACCCCGAGGUCUACCAACGAACCAAGUUCAAGAUCAUUGAGAUUUCCUCCCAACUCGCUAAUACGCAACAAAUGACUCUGAAUAACUCUAUAUAUGGCGACGGCCAUCGUGGCCAUGUUGAAGUGAUAAAUCGGUCCAUAUUUGAGUGGAACACCUAUGUUCAUUCGCCGUGCUUUUUCUUGGCCCUUGAGGUUUUUGAUAAUUUUGCGCACGAUGCCAUUCGAUACGAUAUGCAAACGGGUCUACCUCGACAAGGAUGUGUUCUGAUUGAUACUGACGGUGAAUUUUAUGAGUACUAUGUCACCGAUUUGGACCGUUCUGCCUCACGCUUCCUUCGAGUUAGACAAGCAGCAGCACGUCGUCCGUUUCCCAUACCACUGCAUUCUCGCUUUUGGAGGAACGUUCAACUUUCUUUCCCAUUCGCGGCAAACAUGACAUCACCAGAGUACAUACCCACAAAAUUAAUGGAAUUUUUCUUUAUAUUACACGACUACUUUCCUGCCCAUCGCCUUGUCGCCAGCGACUUUGAUAACCUUCCAGAUACAGUUCCCGGUUAUAAUGCGCCUGUUGUACAAACACGGUAUCGACGAAGAACAGUUCAAGUUUCCACUCCUUAUGUCCAUCAAGGGUACUUUGAUAUCUUUUUCCCAACCAAUUUUGGCGUAAUUGAGGACAUGUACCGGGCUAUCACCGGAAAGUUGACCCGGCUGUCCACUCAUGAAGAUUUUAUGAAACGAUGGGCAUUUGUGGAAGAUACACGUGCAAAAAGCGGUGAAAACCUGCUCCUAACUUGGUACAAAAAUGCCAGUGUUAUGGUUACAGUAUAA